ACCUCCGCUCCAAUGGGAAAACGAGUGAGGCGGCAGGCAUCUAGUAGAGGAGGCCAAGAGGCAUUGGCAGAUCUAGCCUGCUGGCCGAGCAGUUGUGUAGGUGUAUGGAGUUUGGUGAGUGGGUUAUUUCACCUGUGCAAGACAGCGUCUGUCACUUCAGCGUUUCACCCGAGCGCCGCAGUCGCCUGUGCAGCUUGCACUUGUGUCCGCAGGCGCUCGACGAGCGCAACGCGGCUAAUGUCAUCGCCCUUCUGAGACGAGUGGUCUUCUACCUACACGCCCUGCUCAACACCGUGCUAGAGAACGUCGCCACCAUGAACGAUUUCGCCAAAUUGGGCAACGCGCGACCGGCGCUGCAGCCGAAGUCGGUGCCGAUCACACAGGAUUACUCCAUUUCGGACCAUGUGCUCGGACUCGGCAUCAACGGAAAAGUUGUCGAGUGCUACGACAAGGCCAAGGGUUCCAAGUUCGCCCUCAAAGUUCUCAGGGACAAUGUCAAGGCACGCCGGGAAGUGGACCUUCACUGGCGAGCCAGCAACUGCAAGCACAUUGUGAACAUUGUGGAUGUCUAUGAAAAUGUUUAUGGUGGCAACCGAUGCCUUCUAGUUGUCAUGGAAUGCAUGCAAGGAGGAGAGUUGUUCCAAAGGAUUCAAGAAAGAGCUGAAGGUGCCUUCACGGAAAGAGAGGCUGCGGAGAUCAUUCGAGACAUAUGCAAAGCUGUCGCUCAUCUUCAUCGCAUGAACAUUGCCCAUCGGGAUCUAAAGCCUGAGAACCUGCUUUACUCCAAGCCUGAUGACAGCGCAGUCCUUAAAUUGACGGACUUUGGCUUUGCCAAGGAAACUACAAAUUUCAACUCUUUACAAACACCAUGCUACACGCCAUAUUACGUUGCUCCUGAGGUCCUAGGUCCUGAACGGUAUGACAAGUCCUGCGACAUGUGGUCCCUGGGUGUCAUCAUGUACAUACUGCUGUGUGGGUUCCCACCAUUCUACAGCAACCAUGGUCUGGCCAUUUCUCCUGGAAUGAAGAAGCGCAUUCGCGCUGGGCAGUACGACUUCCCCAACCCGGAGUGGAAGAAUGUCUCACAGGAUGCAAAGGACCUGAUCAAGGGCCUGCUGAGGACUGACCCCACCCAGCGGCUCAGCAUUGAAGAAGUGCUGGUUAACAAGUGGAUUGCGAAGUACACGGAGGUUCCCCAGACACCCUUGUACUCUGUGCGAGUGCUUCGUGAGGAAGGGGACCAGUGGCCUGAAGUGCAGUUACGCCGACGUUCGCCACAGGAAUGGCCGCCUAAGAGCUGCGCUCUAAAGCUUGCUGCUGUCCUCCCUCAAACGGACCAGGGCUCAACCGAUCGGUGUGUUUGGGCGGGAACCCAUGUUCCUUCUCUCCUGGCAGCUCGGGCCGACUGUGAGGAAAUGACACAAGCUCUGGCCACCAUGCGGGUUGACUAUGACACGGUGCAGCUCAAGCAGCUGGCAGACACCAACAACCGGCUGCUCAUCAAGCGGCGACAGCAACGCAACACCUGAAGCUGCUCUGACUGACCAUCGAAGCUGAUGUGGGAGCAUGCUCCAUCUCACUGUUUCAAACUGUGCUCCCAUCAGGAAAUGAGGCUUCCAUUUGGCAUGACGUUAAGUGUAGCAUAAGCACAUAAUGUGCGGUUUUAUCCUGGAUUUGUGGCAAAUUUGCUUAUCAUAUGUUUGGUUACCAAAGUUUUAGGGAAUAAGUGAUUUUCGGUCUUGAAUGACCAAAAACCAAGUGCCUGAUUAUCGUUGGGGCGUUUUGUAUUCUAUGCAGAUAAAAUUCUUCUUUUCCACAACCCAAAAA